AUGUGUACUCAACUACUCAUUCUAUGUGGUAUUGUGUCAUUUUUGAUCGCGAGAAUUAUUCAUCGGCUCUUCCUUCAUCCCCUACGUAAAAUACCAGGGCCUCGUCUCGCAGCAGCAACGCAUCUCGUUGAGUUUUAUUAUGAUGUGAUCAAGGGUGGGAAGUUCAUCUGGGAAGUGGAGAAGAUGCACGAAAAAUAUGGGCCUAUCGUACGCAUCAAUCCCCGUCAAAUUCAUAUCAAUGACCCAGACUUCUACGAACAAAUCUAUUCUGGAAGUAAAAGCAGACGCGACAAGGAUACUUCUUACCCUCCACGACUCUCUGCAUCACUAUCCGUUAUAUCAACAAUUUCCCAUGACCAUCAUAGGUUACGUCGCUCAGUGAUGAACCAGUUCUUUUCAAAGCGAUCUGUAACGAAGCUAGAGCCCAUCAUACAGGACAAAGCGGAUAAGCUCGCAGAACGAUUCAAGGAAGCUCAUGCAAGUGGAACGCCUUUGAAGCUGGAGUACGGCUUCUCUGCAUUGACCGCCGACGUAAUAACACACUACUGCUACGGUAAAAGCUACCGAUAUCUUGAGGACCAAUUUCCUGAAAAUGAUUUGCGAGAUGCAUUUGGAGGGCUUUUCCUUUUGAAUCACAUUUUGUAUUUCUUUCCACCUCUUUGCGCCCUUCUUAACAACUUACCCCCGAUCUUGAUGCAGUUUAUUGACUCAAAAUCAUCAGUCAUGUCAUACCUCCGAGCUAGAUUGCAUAAACAGUCCAGGGAAACACUUGACCGAAGCGGAAUGCUCGGGUCAGGUGAUCGAGAGACGAUCUUUGAUGCCUUGCUUGAUCCAAGCCUGCCCCCGAGCGAGAAAACGAUUGAGAGGCUGAGCGAGGAAGGAUUAAUCCUUCUAGGCGCGGGAUCAGAAACGACUGCAAACACAAUGGCUUUAGGUGCCUACCACCUGACUAGAAACAAGCCAGUGCUGGAGAAGCUACGGGCUGAGCUGAAACAAGUGAUGAAUUCGCCAGAUAGCCGCCCAUCAUGGUCAGAGUUGGAGCAAUUGCCGUAUCUUACUGCCGUCGUAAAUGAGACUCUUCGCAUGGCCAUAGGAGGCUCUUGGAGACUUCCCAGGGUCUCCCCAAAAGAGGAUUUGGUGUACGGGGAGUAUGUCGUGCCCGCCGGGACACCCAUGAUUACAGCAAGCUAUUUCGUUCACAUGAACCCGUCUAUAUUUCCAGAUCCCUACAAAUUUGAUCCUGAUCGAUGGACCCGGGCAAAUGAAAAGGGGGAGCGCUUGUCCAGAUACAUCGUGAGCUUCAGCAAGGGUACCAGAGCAUGUAUUGGCAUUAAGCCGUCAUCGAUAUUUUACUGCGAUCCUAAUACUGAUUUAAAAAUCAGUAUGGCUUAUGCCGAGCUCUACCUAGUCCUCGCUCGCGUCACUCGACAAUUUGAACUGGAGUUGUUCGAUACUGACGACGAGAAUGUUAGAUUUGCCCGUGAUUACGUGGUACCACAUGCAGAACACGGUCCGUGGAGCGUCAAAGCUUACAUCAAGGACGUGAUUCAAGAAUGA